UCCUGUUUCCGGUCCGGAGGGUGUAGAAAGAUGGCGGCGCCCGCAGUGGGGAGCAGCGCUUCUACUAAAGUCCUGCGGGUCCUGGCCCUGCACGGCUACUGGCAGAACGAGCACAGCUUCCGGGAGAGGACGGGGGCCCUGAGGAAGAACCUGAAGAACCGCGCGGAGCUCGUCAUGAUCAGCGCCCCCCUGACUAUCCCAGAGCCGGAAGACCCUGAAAAAGGAGACGGCCAGAGAGAAGACCCCAGAGGUUGGUGGUUCUCGGACCCUGAGAAGAAUAGUUUUAAUGCCCUGGAGGAGACCCAGUCAUGUGCAGGAUUAGAGGAAUCCCUGGACGCUGUGGCCAAGGCUUUUUCUGAACUUGGACCCUUUGAUGGCAUUCUAGGUUUUAGCCAAGGAGCCGCCUUUGCGGCCAUGCUGUGUGCAUUAAAGCAGCAAGGAGAUCUCCGCUUCCAGUUUGACUUUGCCAUACUGGUUGCUGGUUUCAAAAGCCGGGCAUCUGACCACACGCGUUUCUACAAAGAUCCUAUCACCGUCCCGUCACUUCAUGUUUUUGGUGACACGGAUCGUGUUAUCCCAGGCGAUCUGAGCCAGGAGCUAGCCGCACACUUUGUGAACCCGGUCCUGCUGACACACUCGGGAGGACACUACAUCCCAGUGUGCGCGGCGCAGAAGAAAGUCUACUUUCCGUUCUUGGACUCUUUCAGAAGAUGACACCUUUCAAUACGCGACCUGGAAGACUUGAGUGGGGUGAAGUAACGCAAUGUCAUGAUGGUAGCAGGGGAAAAAAUUGCAAAUUUAUCCCUGUAUUGUACCAAAUAAAACGGGGAGAGCGAAAUAGGUUAUUAACCUGUU